ACCAAACGUCAACUGUAACAUGGGACAUUUUUAAACUGCUGUGAACUGCCACUCACAUGCCGAUUCACAUGUAUAAAAGUUGGAAGUGGUUCCAAUAUCAGAUUUUAUGUAACACGUUCAGAAUGGCAACGUUAUGGUGUUUGAUAUGUCUUCAAUUCAUAUGGUCUUUUACUUUUGCACAGUCUGGAGUCAGAAACCAGGCAGUCCUAGACCUGUUCACUAAAUCUUACAAAGGUGAUGGUACGUAUUAUGGCGACAUAGUCGAAGGCUCGUGUCAAAUAGCCGCGCCCCUCCCCCCAGCGGCCACCAACUCAAAGAUCACCGCCUUGGUGGCGUUGAACAGACCCCAGUACCUGAACUCACUUGUGUGUGGCAUGUGCAUCAAGGUGACAGGUUCAGGGACUGGGCAUGGCUCAGAUCCUAUAACAGGUGUCCAUAUUGUCUACGUCAAAGAUCUGUGUCCAGUCUGUCAUGAAGGCGACGUCGACUUCGCACUGAACGGAGACGGCCGCUGGGACAUUGAUAUUCAAGCUGUUCAGUGUCCAGUAGGGUCAACUAGCAUCCAGUACGCUUUCCAGGGCAGUAACCCGUGGUACAUCAAGCUGCAGAUUAGGAACGCCAGAAUACCCAUUACUGGCGUGGAGAUCCAGAAAAAUGGCGGCUGGGUGACGCCCACUCACAGCCCAGAUGGAUACUGGAUCCUGUCAGGAGGAGGAGCUAUGCCAGAUGGCCCGUUCAGAGUUCGGCUCACGGCAGCAAAUGGCCAGGUUUUAGAAGAUUCUGUGCCCAGAAUUGAUAAUGACAACAUAUUGGAAGGUAUCAACAAAGUCCAAGUUGCAUUUGAUCCUAGUCUUCCUGAUGCUUAGAGUUAUUGUUCAAGGGAAUGUAGAAUCAAGACUAUUUGAAGUGAAUAAAAAAGGCUUUUCUAAAUUUUUGA